CACCUACCUGGCCCUGAUUCCGCGGGUCAAAACUCAGAAUGCCUCCAGCCUGAAUUUAUUCUGUUACCGAACAGUGCAAAAGCAAGUGAGAAAGCCUGGGACUUCUGAUAGGGCCAUCGUACCAGCUCCUGAUCUUGUGUGUCGCCGCCCGCGGCAUUUAAUCCUUCCGAUUUCGCAUUUCGUCCACCCAAAGCAAUGGAAAGGCCUGCGGAGAGCAUGCUAGAUUGCUAGAUGAGAUCACGAGGCUGAGUGUUGUAGCUGGUGUCCCCUUCUAGCUUCUUCUUCGCUGUUUUCUUUUCCAUGAUUUGUCCGCUUCUUCCUUCCUUCACUGACUGAGGUGGGAGCGUCGCUAAUCUAGUGGAUGCCUGCAGAUCACGAGGCUGAGUGUUGUAGCUGGUGCGACCAGGAAAUGAGCUUGCACAGCAGUCCGGCCGCGGCCGGGGACGCGCCGACCGGGACGGCGGAGGAGCUGCUCGAGCGGGCGCGGGGCCUGGUGCCGGACGCGCUGGACGCUGCGCGCGCGGCGACGGGGUUUGGCGGGCGGUGGAAGGCGAUCGCGGCGAGGCUGGAGAAGGUGCCGCCGUGCCUGUCCGACCUGUCCUGCCACCCCUGCUUCUCCAAGAACGCGCUCUGCCGGGAGCUGCUGCAGUCCGUUGCCGCCACGCUCGCCGAGGCCGCCGAGCUCGGCGUGCUCUGCCGCGAGCCGCCCAAGGCUGGCAAACUGCAGAUGCAGAGCGACCUCGACGCUCUCGCCGGGAAGCUGGACCUCAACCUCCGGGACUGCGCGCUGCUUGUCAAGACUGGUGUUCUGUCAGAUGCGACGGUUCCGUCUCCUCCGGCUGAGGCGGCGGCGGCAGCGGCCUCGCAGACGGACGUGCGGGAGCUGCUCGCUAGGCUGCAAAUUGGGCACGCCGAGGCGAAGCACCGGGCUGUGGAGGGGCUCCUUGAUGCGCUGCGCGAGGACGAGAAGAGCGUGCUGUCGGCGCUCGGCCGUGGCAACGUGGCCGCGCUGGUGCAGCUGCUGACGGCUACGGCGCCCAAGAUCAGGGAGAAGGCGGCGACCGUGCUCUGCUUGCUUGCCGAGUCCGGCAGCUGCGAGGGCUUGCUGGUGUCGGAAGGCGCGCUGCCGCCGCUCAUCCGGCUGGCGGAGUCCGGCAGCCUUGUUGGCCGGGAGAAGGCCGUCAUCACGCUGCAGCGUCUGUCCAUGUCGCCCGAGAUUGCCCGCGCAAUCGUCGGCCACAGCGGCGUCCGCCCACUCAUCGAAAUCUGCCAGACCGGGGACUCCAUCUCGCAAUCCGCGGCGGCGGGCGCGCUCAAGAACCUCUCCGCGGUGCCAGAGGUCCGGCAAGCGCUGGCCGAGGAAGGCAUCGUGCGCGUCAUGAUCAGCCUGCUCGACCGCGGCGUCGUGCUGGGCUCCAAGGAGUACGCGGCGGAGUGCCUGCAGAACUUCACGUCGAGCAACGACAACCUGCGGCGCGCCGUGGUGUCCGAGGGCGCGCUGCCCAGCCUGCUCGCCUACCUCGACGGCCCGCUGCCGCAGGAGUCCGCCGUGGGCGCGCUCCGCAACCUCGUCUCCGCCGUCUCGCCGGACAACCUCGUGUCGCUCGGCGUGCUCCCGCGGCUCGCGCACGUGCUCCGCGACGGCUCCGUGGGCGCGCAGCAGGCGGCCGCGGCGGCCAUCUGCAGGAUCUCCAGCUCCCCGGAGAUGAAGCGGCUGGUGGGCGACCACGGGUGCAUGCCGCUGCUGGUGCGGCUGCUGGAGGCCAAGUCGAGCGGCGCGCGGGAGGUGGCGGCGCAGGCGACGGCGACGCUGAUGAGCUGCCCGGCGAACGCGAGGGACGUGAAGAAGGACGAGAAGAGCGUGCCGAACCUGGUGCAGCUGCUGGACCCGAGCCCGGGGAACACGGCCAAGAAGUACGCCAUCUCCUGCCUCCUGGCGCUGUCGGCGAGCAAGCGGUGCAAGAAGCUGAUGAUCGCGCAGGGCGCCAUCGGGUACCUGAAGAAGCUCUCCGAGAUGGACGUGGCCGGCGCCAAGAAGCUGCUCGAGAAGCUGGAGCGUGGCAAGCUGCGCACCCUAUUCACCAGGAAGUAAAGCAAGGAGAAGCGUUCUGUUUUGCCGUGAACCUGUAAAAAGAGCCGCCGUCCUGUGUUCAUAGUCUCUAUGAAGGCAGUGCAGACUGCAGAGAGUGGUACUGUCGUUGCCGAUUUGAACCUUUUAACAUACCCCGCGUUGUAGUAUCGCUGGUUAAUGUGCAUGUCACCUAUGUCAGGCAGUUGAUGCAUUAGUUCUUUAACUUAGGCUGAAGAAUGCCAAUAAAAGAAUGUUCAGUGAAGAACAUUUUGCCGA